AGUGCAAUGGACAAAAGGAAAAUGAUUCCCCACUUUUUCUUGUUUUCAAAAAAGUAAUGAUGCACAUCAUAGGUGCUGAUAACUGAUAAGGCAGCCUUAUAAGAGAAUUUCCUGUAAAAGAUUUAGUAUGUUACAAGAAUUUGAAAAGCCUUUGAAGCUCUCUCUACUAGGAUAAUGAGUACUACUAAUGCAAGGAACAUGAGAUGGAAUAGAAUGGACCAAUGGCUUGUAAUUUCAGCUAUUCUUUUACUGCAAGAUUUUCUGUUCCUCUCUCAGAUACUUGCUGAGACCACAACCUCUGUGCAUAUUGUAUACAUGGGGGAUAAGAUAUAUGAUAAUUCAGACACUACUAAAAAGGUUCACCACAAAAUAUUAUCUUCACUUCUAGGAAGCAAAGAAGCUGCAAAGAAUUCAAUUCUUUACAGCUAUAAGCAUGGAUUUUCAGGGUUUGCUGCAAGGUUAACAAAAUCUCAAGCAGAAGAAGUAGCAAAAUUUCCGGGGGUAGUUUCUGUCAUUCCGAAUCGGAUACACAAACUUCACACAACAAGAAGUUGGGACUUCCUUGGUAUCCAUCAUUCAUCUUCAAACACUGUUUCCAAUGGAAUCAACUUAGGUGAAGGAACCAUAAUAGGUGUCAUUGACACAGGAAUCUGGCCAGAGUCUGUGAGUUUUAACGACGAAGCGAUGGGAAAAAUCCCAUCAAGGUGGAAAGGAGUUUGUGAAGUGGGAGAGCAAUUCAGUUCCAAAAACUGCAACAAAAAGAUAAUAGGUGCUAGAUGGUUCUUGAAAGGAAUAUCUCAUCAUGCUAAGAAGCUGAUCCUUGGAAAUGAAAGCAGCGAAUAUCUUUCGGCUCGAGAUGCUAUAGGCCAUGGCACUCACACAGCUUCCACAGCAGCAGGGUACUUUGUAGAAAAUGCAAACUACAGAGGACUUGCUUCUGGCAUAGCCAGAGGAGGAGCUCCACUUGCACACUUAGCUAUAUACAAGGCAUGCUGGGACAUUUCUGUUGGAGGUUGUUCUGGUGCAGAUAUCCUUAAGGCUUUUGACAAGGCAAUACAUGAUGGAGUAGACAUUUUAACAGUUUCUCUUGGCCUUAACAUUCCUUUGUUCUCAUAUGUUGAUCAGCGCGACGCCAUAGCAAUUGGUUCCUUUCAUGCAACUGCUAAGGGAAUCACAGUUAUAUGUUCAGCUGGGAAUUCUGGUCCAAACUCUCUAACAGUUUCAAAUACUGCUCCAUGGAUUAUCACAGUUGCAGCCACCACCAUAGAUAGGGCCUUUCCGGCUGCAAUUAUUCUUGGAAAUAAUCUCACUCUCUGGGGGGAGUCCUUGGAUGCUGGAAAGCAUAGCAAUGGAUUUGUUGGACUAACAUACUCCGAACGUGUCGCUUUAGAUCCUGAUGAUGAUACAGCUAAGGAUUGUCAGUCUGGAAGUCUGAAUGCUACAAUGGCAGCAGGCAAAAUUGUGCUAUGCUUUUCGCUAUCCGAGGAACAGGAUAUCAUCUCUGCAUCGCUUGCUGUAAGGGAAGCUGGAGGAGUUGGAAUAAUAUUUGCACAAUCUCAUGAAGAUGGACUCAACCAAUGUGGCUCCUUUCCAUGUGUUAAGGUAGAUUAUGAAGUAGGGACACAGAUAGUAUCCUAUAUUAGAAGAGCAAGGUUUCCAACUGCAAGCCUAAGUUUUCCAAAGACUGUUAUUGGAAAAUGGACUUCUCCAAGAGUUGCAUCAUUCUCAUCAAGAGGACCUAGCACUAUGUCUCCUUCUGUGCUAAAGCCAGACAUAGCAGCACCAGGUGUAGACAUUUUGGCGGCAUUUACAACAAAAGGCACCACAAAGAAUAAUGCAUUUCAAUUCUUAUCUGGAACUUCAAUGUCAUGUCCUCAUGUGGCUGGAAUAGCAGCUCUCAUCAAAUCCAAACACGCAACAUGGUCUCCUGCAGCCAUAAGAUCAGCUAUGGUUACAACAGCAUCUCAAAUUGGAAAUGAUGGAAGCUUUGUAUCUGAAGAGGGUUCCACACUUAAGGAAGCUGAUCCGUUCGACAUUGGUGGCGGCCAUGUAAACCCCAUCAAAGCAAUGGAUCCAGGGCUCAUAUAUGAUAUCAUCACUGAGGAUUAUAUCCAGUUCCUAUGUUCCAUGGGGUAUAGUAGUUCAUCCAUUAGAAAAGUGACCAAGACCACAAGUUGCGAAAAACAGAAAUACCAAGGACUGAACCUUAACCUUCCUUCCAUAUCAGUUCCAAACUUGAAGAAGGCUGCAAAAGUAACAAGAACAGUGACAAAUGUAGGAAACAUAACUGCAGUUUAUAGAGCUAUAGUGAAGGAACCAUAUGGCAUAGAAGUAAGAGUUGAACCUCAAAUUCUGAGUUUCAACUCAGACACCACAAUACUUUCCUUUAGUGUCAUGCUUCAUUCAACUCAAAAGGUUCAUAAUGGUGAUUACAGAUUUGGGAGCCUAACUUGGACAGAUGGCAAGCAUUCUGUGAGGACCCCACUAGCUGUGAGGACCAUAAAGUUUGAAUCAUAAGUUUAUGUACAAAGGGAUUUAUUGAAAUGAGUAUGAUCAACUAACUGCAGAAGUUCUUGCUUGAGUCUUAAUAACACAGCAUGACAGCAUAUUCUUUAAGGAAAUGGUUGCUUGAAACUGAUGACACACGCCAAAGAGCAAAUGUAUGCUAUAUUAGUAAACAAGCGAGACCAGUGUUUGAUGGAGGUUUUUUAAGAUACAAAUAAGAUUGUUAAGCAAUGAAAGUAUUAGUAUGAUUUUUAGAUUUUAGCUAAACCUAUAGACAAAAUAUC